AUGGCGCAAACUGCUGCAUCGACCUGUGAAAUAUGUGUUGGUGGACCGGGUGAACAUUAUUGUCAGCAGUGUGAUCAGUUAUUUUGCGGAAGCUGUAAAUUAUCUCAUUUACGUACAAAGAUAAGUAAAGACCACACGUUUGUAAGCGGACCAAACAUUAACAAGAAAGAAAAACUACUCUGUACAGAACACGAAGAAACUUUUUUAUUCUACUGUCAUGAUUGUGAUACUCCAGUGUGUAGAAUUUGCAUUGUGGAGAAACACAAUCGUCAUUUGAUGACAGACCUGACUAAAUCAGCUGAAAAACUCAGAUCUGAACUUGUCAAGAACAUUGAAUCGAAGGUAAUAACAUCGAGGCAAAACAUAAGCAAAAUUGAGAUGGAAACAAAAAUCUACCGCGAGGGAGUCAAGUCAGUCAUCAAGACCAUUACUGACGAAGGAAAUUACUGGAAGCAAUUGAUCGACAAGAAAGUAGAAGCUUUGAUCAAGGAAGUACAGGAUAAGGAACAGAAAGAAAUAAAAAGUAUGUCUGCAUAUUGUGAAGUAUAUGAGGGAGUUGUAGAGAACUGUCAUACAUGGCAAAAGAAAAUCAAGAAAAUGGAAACGACAUCAGAUAUACUAAUGUUAAAAAAGCUAAAACAACUUAAAAGUGACGUUGACCAAAUAGUAUUAAAGCAGAUUCCUAAUACGCCUUCUGUGUCAUACAGAAACAAGAAGCCAUCAGGCACAGAAAUAGAAAACCUGUUCGGAGAGUUGCAAUUUCGGGACAGUAAAGACGUCAUUGGAACCACGGGAAACAAACAGAGUGCAGAAAUGAGUGCUGAGCCACAAUCAAUGCAAAAGAGGUACAGAUACGCAUGUUGGAAGUGCAAAAGAAAACAGAUUUUAACGUAA